GCGCAGUCUCCUCCUUCUCCUCACUCUCGCCCUGACCUCGACUCUUACUCCGGAAUCUGAGCUUUUGAUCCGUAUAUCUGGACAAAUGAGUCGAGCGCUUGGGAUGGUUUCGCUCUGCUAAGUGUGAAUUAUUGUCCUGUAACACCAUCAUCAGAGCCAUCGUUUGUGCGCCAGGAUUCCUGGAGCCGCAAUUCGCUUGUUGGAUUUUCUUGUGCAGCUUGCAGUUCUGCUUUGUGACUUCCUCAGAGGAGAAAGUGUACUGCCUGACCUGGUUACCAGGUGUGAGCUUGAGUGUACAUCUAGGAGAGCAUGGCGUCCGUCGCAGAAAGAAUCCAAAACUUGAGCGUUCAUGAUGACGAUGACAAGAAGGCACAAAAAUCUACAGCAGAUGUAAUUCAAGGCACAGAGGAAGCACUCUUGGAACACAGAACUAGCCAGCACAGCAUGUUGGCUCCUUUCACAGCGGGAUGGCAAAUGAAAGCAGGCACACCGUUGGUGAUUGAAAGAGGAGAGGGAGUGUACGUUUGGGAUAACAAAGGCAAUAAAUACUUGGACGCAUUAGCGGGCCUCUGGUGUACAGCUUUAGGUUUUAGCGAGAAGCGCCUCGUGGCAGCCGCAGAGAAGCAGUUGAGUACAUUGCCUUUCUAUCACAACUUUUGGAACCGAACAUCACAGCCAACUCUGGACCUAGCAUCAGAGUUGUCCAAGUUGUUCACGGCCUCUGAAAUGAGCAAAGUCUUUUUUUGCAACAGUGGCUCAGAGGCGAAUGAUACUCAGGUGAAACUAGUGUGGUACUACAACAACGCUAUUGGGCGUCCCAAUAAAAAGAAGUUCAUUGCUCGUCAGAAAUCGUACCAUGGAUCCACACUGAUAUCCGCAAGUCUUACAGGGUUGCCAUCUCUUCAAAAUGGUUUUGAUCUGCCAGUCUCAUUUGUCCUCCACACCGAUUGCCCCCACUAUUGGCGCUACCACUUGCCGGGCGAAUCUGAAGAGGAUUUCGCGACACGUUUAGCAGAGAACUUGGAGAAGCUAAUCCUGAAAGAGGGUCCCGAAACUAUUGCAGCCUUUAUCGGCGAACCCGUGAUGGGUGCUGGAGGUGUCAUGCCACCUCCUGCGACAUACUGGGCGAAGAUUCAACCUAUCUUGAAGAAAUACGAUAUUCUUUUGAUUGCAGACGAGGUCGUCUGUGCGUUUGGCCGAUUGGGUACCAUGUUUGGGUGUGACUACUACGAUAUUAAGCCAGACCUCGUGACUGUUGCCAAGGCACUGUCGUCCGCAUACGUGCCAAUUGCAGCUGUCCUUGUUAGUCAGAAGAUUUUCGACGGAAUUGCGAAAUUGAGUGAUGGAUAUGGGGCGUUUGGACAUGGGUUCACAUAUUCUGGUCACCCAGUGCCAUGUGCCGUGUCACUGGAGGCACUGAAGAUUUACAAGGAAAGAGAUAUAUGUGCACAAGUUCGGAAGAUUAUCCCUCCGUUUCAGGACGGCAUGAGGCAGCUCGCUAAGAGCCCCAUUGUUGGAGAGGUGCGAGGAGUAGGAUUAGUGUUGGCGAUUGAAUUCGCCGCAAACAAGGAGACAUGUGAAGCGUAUCCAGCUAAAUGGGCUGUGGGAACACAUUUUGCUGGUCAAUGUGCUGCACGUGGUAUGUUGGUGCGUGUGGCAGGUGACAUUAUUAUGAUGUCUCCCCCGCUUAUCAUCACACCUGAGCAAAUUGACUUUAUGGUGAAAACAGCCUUGGCAGCAGUGGCUGAGACUGAGAAGUACGUGGCUGAGAAGCAGUCCUCCAAGGAUUGAUGAGCAGUAACAUAUACAUCGUAAUUUUGUUUGCGUUACUAAUAUUUGACUCAACUUGUACGUAUCUUCGGCGAGCAAUUAGUGAGAUGAAGGAAAUUUGAUAUGCAAGUUUUACAAUGGUACACAUAUGUAUUGAUUAUUGUACGAGGGAUAAAUUAGUCCAAAUCGACAUGUAAUACAGGUCUUAUGGAUCAUCCUUUUCAUUAAACGUUGGAUUAGAAAGUUUCUUGUCCAAUUUGUAACAUCAAUGUUAAACUGCAAAUUUCCUUCUCCCGCGACUUCAGGAGGUUAAUACAGCAUCUGGGCCUGAGCUCAACUACACCAA